CAAACAACAACACUCACAUGACUCGUUCCUUGAGAUUUUUAGGCGAGCGCAACUCGUCCCCGGACUCACCUGACUCCGCCGUCUUCGAUUCUGAUUUCCUCGUCAUCCUCACUGCUCUGCUCUGCGCUCUCAUCUGCGUUCUUGGCCUCGUCGUCGUCUCACGCUGCGUCUGUCUCCGCCGCUUACGUUUCUCCUCCACCGCCAAUGCGCAGCCUUCUCCGGCCGCCGCCAACAAAGGCGUCAAGAAAAAGGUUCUGCGCUCUCUUCCGAAGCUCACCGCGACCGCCGAAUCCGCUGUAAAAUUCGCCGAUUGCGCGAUCUGUCUGACCGAGUUCGCUGCCGGAGACGAAAUCCGAGUGCUGCCUCAGUGCGGCCAUGGAUUCCACGUGUCCUGCAUCGAUGCGUGGCUCAGAUCGCAUUCUUCGUGCCCGUCGUGCCGUCAGAUUCUGGUUUCUACGUGUGACAAGUGCGGUGGUAUCUCUGCCCCUGCGACUGCGAGCUCGAGCACCGCGCCGCCACCGGAUUCGGAGGCCAGAUUCAAGGACGAUGGCAAUAGGUUCUUGCCGUAGCUUAAGCUUCUGGUUUCCGUUUAUAUUAACUGAAAAAUGCUGAAUCCUUUUCUUUCCUUUUUCUUUUUCUAAUCUUGUUUUAUAAAAUAAUAUGUAUAAUA